AUGCCGGUUGCCAACGGCGCAUCCAGAACGCGUCGGAAAUUCCAGAAAGUUAUAACCGCUUACGCUAUAUAUACGAAGCGCUGUACAACUGUUCUUGACUUCGUUUUGGGCGUUAAUAGACCUUGUGCACCUUUGCAUGUGUUGAGCACGCAACUAAAGCAAUGGUUCAAAUUGUCCAUACAUACCGAGUCCACUCCUUGUCGACCAUCUAAUACAGUCUCGAAUGCGCUAAACACUUUUGUGCUCAGGUCUUCGACAACCACACCAAUAUCUGAGCUUUUAGCCUGUCGCAACAGGGCACUCAGGGGCUACAGUCAUUUGGGGUGUAAGCAGACACAACGACCAGUCAUCGAUCAACUACCCGCUUGUGAGACUGCUUCACAGACAUUGCCAGACGAACUGCACAGAGGCGACUAUCAACAGGUAUCCAGUCAAGUAAGGAUCCUUUCGCCAGGUGACUUAAGGCGAUAUCGAUCCCUGCACACCCUGCUGCAACAGCCUCGGGAUCACCAGAGAUGCGCAACCAGAAGCGAGUGGAGAGUGAUGGGGCACUUGACCGAAGGGCAGCGGUGUCUGUCUGGAAAUGCAAGUGCAUCUUUACGGGACACGUCGCCGCACAUGUUCCAACCCACAACCUGGGGAACCAGGAUCCUGUUCGUCAGACCUCUAACCAUUGACCAACAUGGUAUGAGACUGAGUGUUUCGCACGAACACUCCCUAGUAUGUUUCAAUGGGUCGCCGAGGUGCACAAACCAUCACACCACGCUACGGUCCAGUUUCUUCAUGACGGGCUAUCUGUCGGAGCGUACGUUGAUACAGCAAACAAGCAUCGUUUAUCGCGACGAGAUGCACUGCUCUAGAUUUAACGAGCCAACCUUAAAGUUCAAUGUCUGUUUACUGGAAUCUUGUCCAGUGAAGCGAAUUCAACUCCGGAGCCAAGUGCAACUUCCACAAAGCCGACAGAUUCUUGCGAAUCGCGCAUUGAGGUGCUGCUCAAUGUCAGCUCGCAACCCAUCUCCUCCCCCGGACUUCUCGGAAGAACUACAGAAUAUAGAUAACAUUGGUGACACAGCAUACAGCAAACGAUGGCUGUUCUCACUUCUAAUGGAUCUUCUCAAGCUUGUCAGGGACGAGCCCCUCGGUAGCGAUGACGCCGUGGAAGAACUGGAUCCCAGAAUCGAGGAGGAGUUAUGCUGUCUUUGGGACUUGACAGUCAACCGUGAUGUUGUCCCCUAUCUUGAGGAGUUCGGUGUGAUUGCUAUCCUGACAGAUGUCCUCUUGUGUCAGCGGUAUCCUCGUCUUCUGGAAAUUGGUGUGGGUAUUUUAACAAACAUGGCCUGCAACUCAUCUGUAUGCCAGCAAAUGUCCGACAACGAACUAUUGAUAAACCGUGCGUUAGGUCUUUUCUAUUCGCGUGAUCCACCCACUUUGACCGCAGUUUGCAGGUUGGUGCAAACCGUCCUGGCGUCUGAGGAAUCGAGUGCGACAUGGUUAAACGCUAUCCGUUUCCAAGCCGAGUUUAUCGAACAUCUUUUGUUCAUUCUUCAAAACUCCACCAACGGUCAUUUACUCAUCGCUACCAUUCGCCUAUUGGAUGCUAUUACCCGAGGCGAUGAUAGUUUAGCCGAAGUUUGGUGUGGAUUAGACUUGAUGGAUGCAAUUCUAGUUGCGCAACACCAGAUGAGAUGGUUACAUGGAGACGAGGUGGAGAUUAUCAAUAGAUUGUUCUACACAUUCUCUUCGAACAUUACUGGAAUCAGUGCAUUAAUUCAGUCGUUUGACAAAGUGCUGCCCACGUUUGGUAUCUACCUGCACAAAGUCUGCGAGGAUGAGCCGCAUCUGAUUCCGUUCUCGGCCUAUUACAACAGUCUUCGUGCAAUAAUACCAGUAAUGGACGCCGUUGUGGCCAGUAUGCCACUUCCGGAAGCCGCAUCCUGCUUCUCAUCAGACCGUACUGUUCUGCCGUGUUUGCUGCAUGUUACAUUGGGUUGUCAGUCACAACUUAAUGAUUUACCCAUAGUGCGUGGUAUCUUGGCAGAUCUGAACAUCCUAUACAAAGACGUGAUUCGAACCAUUGAGUCUGUUCUUCGCACUUCAACUUCCUCAUCGGAGGAUCUGGUUACCCUGGGUUCCUGGUACAGUGAAGAUCUGGGAUGGAUAACUUCACUGGAUAGUAAUACUAAGGUAGACCUCAGAGGAGCGUUCGUGAAUUGUGUACUCAAUGAUGCCUCUACUGAAACUCGCAAUCAGCUGCUCUUCAUCUGCAACCGGUUGCAAUUGUCGAAUCUUUUAGAAUCACUGACAGAUACAUCAUCAUCGACAGUACAGCAUCUGUGUUCAACGCUGAUGCUUCGUUCCCAUACAACCAUGAUUUAUUUGAAGGCAGAAGAGAAUAAAAUUCGUCUGCAGUGUCGAUGGGCGAAGAGCAGAAAUGGAAGCGACCGAGAGUUUGACAAUGUAUGA